AUGACGUUCUCCAUGAGGUUGCCGCUGUUGACUUGCCUGGUGUACCUGACUUGCGUACACGGUAUCAUGGUGAAGUAUGGGACGAAGGGUGGGCCCAUCGAACCGCCGACUCCAGAGCCGCUACCUCCGCCACAGCCGUAUCGGGUCCCCGCGCCCGUCUGGGAGGACCGGAGCGAUGACACACCCGACCCUAAUGCUCACUGGCGACCUCCAUUCUUCAGGCCAGAACCAAGAUAUACUCAAGUUUUUUUCAAGGCUUCUACUCCCUCACCUAUUAGCAAUGUUCAAAGCUUCGUCAAUUCGUAUUUGUCGAACCAGCCCAUUAAAGCGACGCCGAUAAAAACAUACUUCUCUCCGUCUCAAAUAUUGAGCUCUCAAAAUUUGCCUGGCGUCGGCAUCAGGUACUUCAUUCCAGCUUACGUUAAUGAACAGCUAGAAGUGAAACAGAAGAAACAGGACGAUGCGAAGCACAAUGAAAUCGAGACUAAUGACAUUGCCGACUCUAGCACAGACGCUUCUAGCGACGCGCAAUGGAAGUUUGAAAAGGACUCCGCAACAAGGCUUCAGAGGACUACGCUCGAAGGAACAGCACGACCGUUUUACCAGUGGCCAGCAUACAUUCACCCGAGGCAU